UUAAAACAUAACCUCAAAGUCAAAAUCAAGUCGAGUAGGUAAGGAGUGCUGUGUACACAUUAACUAGAUUCAUAAUCCACACGUUUUUAGUAAUUGGUUAUAAAAAAAAUAGUCUUCCGAUUAUUAUAUAUAAUUUUUAAUAUAAUUUCUAAUGUGACUUGAUAAGGUAUUUUAUAACAAUAACAUGAAAUCAAAAUCAUUUGAAUUACCAAAACAAGCGACCGAGAAGGUAAAACCAGAUAAAACAUAUGACUUUAUAAACUAUUAUAAGCCUGCUUCGGAGACUAAUGUCAAAUUAGUUGAUAAGCUCAAAUCAGAAGAUGCCGGUAGCAAAGAAACUACAUCUAAUAUUAAAUCACGCAUAUUCACACGAGAGCGCUCACCAAAUAAAAAAAAGAAAAAGUUGAAAGACGAUAGUAUAAAUAUUUCCAAAAUAAAUAUAGACAGUAAUAACUUACCACAUAGUUCUAGAAGAGAAGAUGGUUACAAAGUGACAUCCACUCCUAAUGCUGGAGGUAAAAAAGAUAUAAACGAAAAUGUUAAGUCUAUAAUGAAGAACUCAUCAACUAUGGACAAUUCUGUUGAUACAACAAAAGUUUGUGUGACUAAAAACAAACCCAAAAAGAGGAACAAGUCAGUAAGCUUUAUGUUGGAUGAUACUGAAACGGUUGCUAUUAAAAGAUCCAAAUCAGAGCUAUCAGUAAUGGACAUUAAAAUAUCACAAAAUAGCAAAAGUAACUUUGGUUCACUCAAAACCAAAAAACCAAAGAAAAAAUCUCAGGAUGGAAAAGAAAACAAAGUUAAUGCUAAUAAUUUCAAAGUAGAAAUUGACACAUCAGAUGAUAAGAAAGAUGCAUCAAAAGAAAAUGCUAAGUCAGAGAAAGGAGAAACAUGUGAGGUGAUGGAUAUCCCAACUAAUGAAAAGCAAGAUAAACUGGCAAUAAAGAAAAACAAAAGACAAAAAAAAACAAAACAUGUUGAAAAUUCUGCUGACCAAGAACCAGUAAAUGGAAUUCAAAUAGAUGAAGAUAAAGAAAAAAAAAAGAAAAAGAAAAAACGUCAAGCUAAACAAAUAAAAGAUAAAACAGAUGCAGAAAGUGAACCAGCCACAAAGACCUCUAAAAAAGAUAUAAAACCAGAUGUAAUAGCACAAGAUUUGGAAAAUUUAAGUAUUGGAGAUAAUGCACAUACUUUGACAAAUCUUCUUGACGAAAUGACAGUUGUAGAUAAGAAAAAGAAGCUCAAAAAGGCAAAAAAGAAUAAGCAACAAAAUUCUGACUUAUCCACCGACAUGGGCGAAACAAAAUUAGUGGAAGAGAAAGAAAAGGUAAAAUGGAUAAAACGGAAGUGGAACAAAGACAAAAAAGGUGGUGUCAACGAUGACAAACUUGUAACAUCAAUUGUUGUUGAGAACCUGCCCUUAAAAAUAAUGUGCAACUAUAAAAAGCUGCUCACUGAACAUUUUACUAUGUUUGGUCCAAUAAAACUAGUUGGGAUUGCUGAAGUGUACUCUAUUGAACAUCCUGAAGUGUUCACAACAACAAUAAACUUUGAAAGUGAGGAUGCCGCAAAUAAGGCCUUAGAGGAAGACAAUACACUACUCGAAGGCAACCGCAUUCGCGUUAAGCGACCCCUUCCACCAUCUCAGACAACGUUGGUUGUGAGGUCGUAUGCAGAUUUAUCAGAACCAGCUCUCAGUUCGGUCUUCACCAGUGCGGGUCGGAUAAGAAAUGUUCGAAGAUUGGUGAAAGGCAAAAAGUCCAUGUGUACAGCUUUCAUUGAGUUCGAUGGUCCCGAAGCAGUGGAGCGGGCCAUUAAAAUGGCGGAAGACGUGAAAAUUGGCGGCAAAAAACUAUUUGCUGCUAAAUUCGAAUUGCGCAAUAAAAAUAAAAAGUUGAAGAUUGAUAAGAAAAAUGAAUACAAUGGUGCCAGUGAUGAUUCAAGUGAUUGAUAUAUUACGUCGAGAUUUAUUUCAUGAUUUUAUCUUAAAUCUUGAUCAUUUAACGUUUUUAAUUUUAAAACUACUUUAUAAAGUAAUUUUAUACUGCUAGGUAUGUUUAUAUACUAAAUGUUAUAAUUGCUGCAAGUAGGUUUAAAUACAAUAUUUUUCUUAAUAAAAAGAUUGUUUCAUUCAUUUUUGAAAAAAUAGUGUACUGAUUGUGUUUUUAGGAGUUUAUGUUGG